CCCCGGAGCCCAGGCCGCGGCGGCCAGGGCGGCCGCUGCCUCGCUGCCCGCCGCAGCCAUGGCCUCGGGCGACACCCUGUACAUCGCCACGGACGGCUCGGAGAUGCCGGCCGAGAUCGUGGAGCUGCACGAGAUCGAGGUGGAGACCAUCCCGGUGGAGACCAUCGAGACCACGGUGGUGGGCGACGAGGACGACGACGACGACGACGAGGACGGCGGCGACCACGGCGGCGGCGGCGUCCACGGCCUCGCGGGCCACCACCACCACCAUCACCACCACCACCACCACCACCACCCGCCCAUGAUCGCGCUGCAGCCGCUCGUGACCGACGACCCGAGCCAGGUGCACCACCACCAGGAGGUGAUCCUGGUGCAGACGCGCGAGGAGGUGGUGGGCGGCGACGACUCGGACGGGCUGCGCGCCGAGGACGGCUUCGAGGACCAGAUCCUCAUCCCCGUGCCCGCGCCGGCCGGCGGCGACGACGACUACAUCGAGCAGACGCUGGUGACGGUGGCGGCGGCCGGCAAGAGCGGCGUGGGCGUCGCGGGCGGCGUGGGCGUCGCGGGCGCGGGCUCGGCGGCGGCGGGCGGCGGCCGCGUCAAGAAGGGCGGCGGCAAGAAGAGCGGCAAGAAGGGCUACCUGGGCGGCGGCGGCGGGGCCGCGGUGGCGGCCGGCGGCGGCGCGGACGCCGGCAACAAGAAGUGGGAGCAGAAGCAGGUGCAGAUCAAGACGCUGGAGGGCGAGUUCUCGGUCACCAUGUGGUCGUCAGAUGAAAAAAAAGAUAUUGACCAUGAGACAGUAGUGGAAGAGCAGAUCAUCGGUGAGAACUCACCUCCUGACUACUCAGAGUACAUGACAGGAAAGAAGCUUCCACCUGGGGGGAUUCCUGGCAUCGACCUCUCGGACCCCAAACAGCUGGCAGAAUUUGCCAGAAUGAAGCCAAGAAAAAUUAAAGAAGACGAUGCUCCAAGAACAAUAGCUUGUCCUCAUAAAGGCUGCACCAAGAUGUUCAGGGACAACUCGGCCAUGAGGAAGCACCUUCACACCCAUGGGCCCCGUGUGCAUGUCUGUGCUGAAUGCGGCAAGGCCUUUGUGGAGAGCUCCAAGCUGAAGCGGCACCAGCUGGUUCAUACUGGAGAAAAGCCCUUUCAGUGCACCUUCGAGGGCUGCGGGAAGCGCUUCUCACUGGACUUCAAUUUGCGCACGCAUGUGCGGAUCCACACCGGAGACAGGCCCUAUGUGUGCCCCUUCGACGGGUGUAACAAGAAGUUUGCUCAGUCGACUAACCUGAAAUCUCACAUCUUAACACAUGCUAAGGCCAAAAACAACCAGUGAGGAGAGGAGCGGCCGCCCCUCUGAGUUCGGGCGGCAUCUUCAGGAGGAUCGAAUCAACACACCGCUUUCUCCUUUGUAUAUUGUUUCUAGGAAAGAAUUUUAAAAAUGAAUCCUACACACCUAAGGGACAUGUUUUGAUAAAGUAGUAAAAAUUUAAAAACACACAAACUUUACUAAGAAGAUGACAUGGCUAAGAUGUUCUAUCUUGCUCUGUAAUCUUGUUUCAAAAACACAGCGUUUUUGUAAAGUGUGGUGUCCCACCAGGAGGACAAUUCAUGAACUUCGCAUCAAAAGACAAUUCUUUAUACAACCGUGCUAAAACAAAAAAAAAAAUGGGACUUCUUUUCACAUUCUUAUAAAUAUGAAAGCUCACCUGUUGCUUACAAUUUUUUUAAUUUUGUAUUUUCCAAGUGUGCAUAUUGUACACUUUUUGGGGAUAUGCUUAGUAAUGCUAUGUGUGAUUUUUCUGGAGGUUGAUAACUUUGCUUGCAGUAGAUUUUCUUUAAAAGAAUGGGCAGUUACAUGCAUACUUCAAAAGUAUUUUCCUGUAAAAAAAAGUUAUAUAGGUUUUGUUUGCUAUCUUAAUUUUGGUUGUAUUCUUUGAUGUUAACACAUUUUGUAUAAUUGUAUCGUAUAGCUGUAUUGAAUCAUGUAGUAUCAAACAUUAGAUGUGAUUUAAUAGUGUUGAUCAUUUUAAACCCAUUUUAGUCAUCUUUUUUUUGUUUUAUUUGUGUUUUGUUUUUUUGUUUGUUUGUUUGUUCAUUUGUUUUUUCUCUGAAAAAUACUGCCAGAUGCUGGUGUUCAGUGUAAUUUCUUUGCCUGUUCGGUUACAGAAAGUGGUGCUCAGUUGUAGAAUGUAUUGUACCUUUUAACACCUAAUGUGUACAGCCCGUGUAACAGAAAGGGCAACAAUAAACUAGCGACCCUAUCCUACAGAAAGAAUAUGGCAGAAAAAAAAAGACCUUGUAAGCACAGUCUUAGUUUCUUUUGUUGUCCAGAAUAAUUAUAAUUCUUGAGCCUCCCAGAAAUUGGAAGCUAAUAAAGCAACUCAAGUUUCCUUUA